AACAAAGAUGUUGGUUUUUUCUCUGUUCUUUGCCCUCGUGAUGAUCGUUGUUAACUCGAUCCAACACUCGAUGAUCUGACAUCCUGUCACCAUCUGUGUGCUUGGAAUAGAGAAGAAGCUUCUUCCGCGUCGUUCAUUCAUAACCAGAAUGGGAAGAAGUAUACCAUUUCCAUCGGAAGCCCACACCUUGAUCCACUCGGCCCUUUUCAUCUCCCUCGUCGUUGCGUGGGUCGCAGCCGCCAUGGUCGUCAUCGUCUCGCUCUGCGCCGAGCGCAAGCCCCCAAGCGACCCUCCAUCUGCAUCCCCACCGUCACCACACAACGAAUCCGUCGCAAAGCCCGCAUCCGAAACCACCACGACACCCACAGUCCAAGCGACGACAGAACAAGGAGAAGGAGAACCGCACCAGGAGGCGCAGGAGGAGCAAGUGACGGUGAUCGAGAUGACACCCGACGUCGCGACGCAUGGCCCAAUCCCUCCCAGUACUGUGCUGCCGGCGUCCGCCUCGAAGCGGAAAAUGUCGUUAAGCUUCGGCAAGGGGCUCCCGGAGAAGAUAAGGACCAGCAGGAGAGAACGGAGCGGGAACGGAGGAGGUGAUUCGGAGGACUCGAUAUGGAAGAAAACAAUCAUCCUGGGCGAGAAGUGCAAGGUCUCGAGCGACGACGAGGAAGAGGAGGUGGCGGGCGAGAAGGGGAACCGGCAGAAACACUACCACCCGAGGACGCCGCGGUCGCGGCAGACGUCUCGAAACAACUCGUUCGCGUAUCCCGACGAGACGCCGUCGUGACCUAGAGCGGAGCAGCAGUUGCCGGUGGCGAUCCUUUUGGGAAACGCGACCUCCAGGAAUUAAUCUGCGACAUGUGGCCAUG